AUGAAGUCCUUCGUUGCGCUUUCUCUCCUUUCUGGAGCUUCCGCCUUUCCCUGGGUUGUCAACGUCCCCGGUGUCUCUGAUCCACGAGACUUUGUCAAGCGACAGCAAAACCCAGAAGGUCCAGGCAGUGCAGCACAAUGCCCGUUCAAUGCUCAACAUCAGCCUGCUGCCCCAAUCGCCGAAGGCCAGUACAACAACGCCCGCAAUGGACGGAAGGGUAAUGAGCGAGGUGGCUACCGAGUGCCAGCAGUUGGCGAUACUGCGCAUCAGUUCCAAGCACCAAGAGCUGGUCGGGACAUCAGAGGCCCAUGCCCAGGUUUGAAUACCGCUGCCAAUCAUGGCUUCCUGGCUCGCGACGGCAUCACCACCUACACCGAGCUGGUCGAUGCUCAGCAGAACGUCUACAACGUCGGCUAUGACCUUGCCAACCUGCUCGCCUUCCUGGGUCUCCAGGCUGAUGGUGACCUCGUCACUGGAAAGCUCUCUAUCGGCUGUGACGCUACUACUCGCACUUCCAUCAACCCCGUCUUGACCGGCAGCCAGCCAGGUCUAGCCGGACACAACAAGUUCGAAAGCGACACCUCCCUCACCCGCAACGACUUCUUCACCGGCGGCGGCGACAACUUUUCCUUCAACCGCACCCUCUACGACAUGAUGUCCCGCUCCACCGGAGGCCUGCACAACCUCCAAAACCUCGCCAAAUACCGCGGCGAACGCUGGGACCAAUCGGUCGAAGAAAACCCGAAUUUCUACUUCGGUCCCCUUUCUCUACUCCUCUUCGGCGCCGCCUCGUUCCUCUACGAACUCUUCCCCUCAGGCCCCGAUUACAUCCCCGACCAAACCACCAUGGAAUCCUUCUUCGUCCACGAACGUCUCCCCGACAACUGGAUCAAUCGCGUCGCGCCCUACUCCAACCGUCUCGUGACCCAGGAGAUUCUCAAAAUGUAUCUUCUCAACCCACGGCCUUUUGGGGGUAAUACAGCGGAUGGAAGUUUUGAUGCGGUGAAUUGGGGGGCGAUUCGGAAUGGGACUUUGCAGCUGGGUGUCGAGGCGCCGGAGACGGCUUGUCUGUUGUAUCAGCUUGCCACGCAAUCUGUGCCGAGUACGUUGAAUGGGAUUGUCACGCCCACGGUUGAGGCGCUGGCGUUCUUCGCGUCGAGGGUGCAGCCGGAGUUUGAGAAUUUGGGGUGUCCGAGGGCUUUGACUAAGUAG